AUGGUCCGGAGGCUGGUUUUGUGUCUGGUGUCCGUGGAUACCCAGUUGCUAGGCAAAGUUAAGCCCCUGACCAGUGACCCCUCCCAACCCCCAGCUCAGCAGCUGGCUCAGAGUCAGACGGGCGAAGAGGUGGUGACCGAGGAGAAGCACCUGCAUAUGGGCUCCAUGACCAUGCCAGCCCCCCCGCAGCUUGCUUGCGAGCCGGGCUUUGCCGUGCGCUCCCAGUCACUACACUCUGUGGGCAUUAACGGUGGUGGGGAGGAGGAGGUGGGCAGCCCUACCUCCCGUAAGCAGCCCCCACCCAAACCCAGGAGGGACCCGGCUACCAAGCUGAGCAUUUCCUCUGAGACAGUGGAACACAGCCCCACCUUGGUCUGCAGGGGCUGCAGGGCCAAUCCGGAUGCGCCACAAGGCUGCGGAGAAGACUGCAAGAGGAUCCCUCCGCCCAAACCCAGGAGGAACCCCAAAACCCAGCUGAGCACCUCCUUCGAUGAUUCCUGCAUCAGGAAGCACAUUGGCUCCAAGAGUCACUCCCCCUCUGCCGAGUGCGAGCGCAACCCCUCUCCGCCGAGCGACGAGAGCCCCAGCCACCACUCCGACUCGGAUGAGCCUGUCUACAUCGAGAUGGGCGCCAGUGUUGGGGGCGGCGGGUACACAGAGGCGCCCAAGAGUGAGGACGAGGAGCUGGGAGAGUCUGUGUACGAGGAGAUGAAGUACCCUCUCCUGGAUGAUAUGGACUACUGCUGGGACCCCCCGGGGUGCCGCUCCACCUGCCCCCCCCCGGCGCUCCUGGACCCAGAGCCUCUCCACCGCUGCUCCACCCCGCGUAACAUCCCCCUAUGCGGCAUCCCUGCGCCGUUUCCCAAUUUGCUCACCCACCGGCCGCCCCUCCUGGUGUUCCCCCCUGCGCCGGCCCAGUGCUCGCCAAACUCGGACGAGUCCCCGCUCACCCCUCUGGACCCACUGACGAAGCUGCCCAUGAUGGACAACCCCUGCGCCUACAACAAGUCGCCCACCUCCUCUUCUGAGCCCCCCUUGGCGCACCUCUGCAGGGAGCUGACAGCCACGCCCACGCUGACAGUGUCGGGUCGCUCGUCGGCUCCGCCCCUGCCCUGCACCCUCUACAAGUCCUCAGCCUCCUCAGCCCACGGUUAUCAGCGCAGCCAAUCAGCCUGCCCCUCCCCCGUCAGCAUGGGCCGCUGCAUCACGCCGCUUAGCCUGAUGCGCACACCGCCCUUCGACGCCCCCAUGCCCCUCCCGGGCGGGCUGCCGUGCAGCGCCUCCACCACGCCCCAUGGAAAGGGCUCGCCCCCACAGGACUGCAUAGCUGGGGGCAGGCUGCAUGGGUCGAUGCAGAACGUAUCCACGGGACGCUCACGCACACCGACCAGCCCCCUGGACGAGCUGACCAACCUGUUCACCGCCGGCCGGAACAUGAUGAAGAAGAACACCGGCGGGAGAAAGUCCAAGGAGCCUGGGGAGACCGAAUCCAAGAGUAAGUCUCACAGCGUGUCAAAACGUGAUGGCAAGGAGCGGCACAGUCACAAGGAAUCCAAACGUGAGAGUAAGGAUCGUAGCAAAGAGUAUUCAUCUCACCUACGCAACACCAAGGACAGGAGCUGUAGCAGCGUGGAGCCGCUGCCCAGGCGAUAUGGCAAAGACCGGGUUUGUAACAGUGUGGAGCUCUUGCCUAUGAAAAUGGACAGCAGAGACCGGGGUUGUAACAGUGUGGAGCCCUUGCCUAUGAAACAGGACAGCAGAGACCGGGGUUGUAACAGUGUGGAGCCCUUGCCUAUGAAACAGGACAGCAGAGACCGGGGUUGUAACAGUGUGGAGCCCUUGCCUAUGAAACAGGACAGCAGAGACCGGGGUUGUAACAGUGUGGAGCCCUUGCCUAUGAAAGGGACUAGGAAAGACCAAUGUUGUAACAGUGUGGAGCCCUUGCCUAUGAAAAUGGACAGUAAAGGCAGGGGUUGUAAAAGUGUGGAACUCCCGCCUGUCAGACGGGACAGUAAAGACAGAAGUGUCCACGGCAUGGAGCCGUUACUACAACUGGACAGGAAAGACUCUCCCCGGAAUGGUGUGGAGUCCAGACACGACAGCAAAGACUCUCCCCGGAAUGGUGUGGAGUCCAGACACGACAGAAAAGACUCUCCCCGGAAUGGUGUGGAGUCCAGACACGACAGCAAAGACUCUCCCCGGAAUGGUAUGGAGUCCAGACACGACAGCAAAGACUCUCCCCGGAAUGGUGUGGAUUCCAGACACGACAGCAAAGACUCUCCCCGGAAUGGUAUGGAGUCCAGACACGACAGCAAAGACUCUCCCCGGAAUGGUGUGGAGUCCAGACACGACAGCAAAGACUCUCCCUGGAAUGGUGUGGAGUCCAGACACGACAGCAAACACUCUCCCCGGAGUGGUGUGGAGUCCAGACCAGACAGCAAAGAAAGGCUCAGCCACCAGAACCCACCAGAACUUCUACCCAGGCAAGAUAGCAAAGACCAAAACAGGAACGGAAUUGAUUUGAGACAUGACAGCAAAGUACGAAUGGGUCAGCCACCAGAGCUCCUACCAAGGCAAGAUAGCAAAGACCAAACCAGGAAUGGAAUGGAUUCGAGACAUGAAAGCAAAGAACAAAUGAACCAGCCACCAGAGCUUCUACCCAGGGAAGAUAGCAAAGACCAAGUCAGGAACGGAAUGGAUUCGAGAUACGACAGCAAAGAACGAAUGGACCAGCCACCAGAGCUCCUACCCAGACAAAAAAGCAAAGAUUCACCCAGAAAUGGCAUUGUGUGCAGACGUAAUGGCGAAGACAGAGACAGGGAAAGCUACUGCCUAGAGUCUAGACAUGAGGGCAAAGAACAAAGUUACAAUGGAAUGGAGCCCUUCCCCCCCUUACCACGACAGGAAAUCAAAGAGUCAGACAGAAACGGCCUUGAAGCCAGGCGUGACAGCAAGGACAGAAGCUGCAAUGGCUCAGAGCUGCCCCCCCGGCGCGAUAGCUACGGCAAGAGUGCCAAUAUGGUAGAUCUUAGGUGCGUCAAUAAAGACCGGGUUGGUCAUAGCUCAGAGGUCUUGCCCAGGCGUGAUGUCAGAGAUAGGGGGACCUAUAGCGUUGAGCAAUCAAAAGCACAAGCGAGGAACGGUGUAUCAGGGCAACAACAGUCAUCGACUGCCACACCAACUCGGCAUGGGAGACCUGCUGGCAGUCCGCCAAUGGUGUUUGGAAGUGGCAAUACAGAGCUGAAACCAGCACUUACGAAGUAUGGCCACUCCUCCUCUGCCCCAGUUACACCCUCUCCCUUAGGGACCCCACAGAGGCAAGCAUCAGAGGCACAGAUGCCGUGGAAGUGUGGGGACAGCACCAUGCUGGAGCAGAUCGAGAGGAAACACUCCCUGUGCGUGGAGAUCCGCUCCAGGCAGCAGCCAGACAGGAACACCCCGGACAGGAACCUCUGUAAGCAGGACAGCAUGCCUACCCUCCCCAUCUGGGGGAAGAGCAGUGGGGCCAAAAAGAUCCGGCCUCCCCCCUACCCAACACAAACCACCGUGUUCUGGGACACAGCCAUCUGACAAUAACCCGCUUGGCCUCACGCCCAUCCUCCUUCUGAACUCUGUGGCUUCUGAUUGGCCCUCUCCACAUCAGAGGUGUCAGGGGCAGCCAAUAAGAGCAGG